AUGACGGACGAAAGCGUAGCACCUUUUUACCGGAAUCGAAAGAGAUUGCCUCGGAAACAGCGUCAGCAUGAAUGUUCCAGUAAAUCCAACCGACAGUUGGUCAAGAGGAAUCGGCCGUCGUCUUCUGGUGAUGGAACCGAUCAUCGAAUCUCUUCAGACAACACUUCCCCUCGAAAUGGAAGUGAGCUCAACAAACUGAACACGGCUUCAAGGCCUGCUCGGAAGGGAAAUCAGUUCAACCUCUCCACGAAAUCACGUGACCAGAGC